GUGAUAGGACCGCAUUUCAGAGCUUGGCCCAGAAUGUCCUUUUGUAUUUAACCCCAUCAGUUCCGGUUCUUAUAAAUCAUGUCGGGGGUUCUGAGUUGUAGCUCCAGUCCUGUAUUUAGUGGCCCCUGGCGGCCGCCUCGCACGCUCUAGGAGACGGUGAGUUCUCACUUUGAUGUUUUAUUCCCCCCCCUUUAGGUUUUUUUUGUAUCAGACCUUCGUGCGACCGGACGAUGGGCCGCAUCUUCUUGGACCAUAUCGGGGGCACCCGCCUGUUUUCGUGCGCAAACUGCGACACGAUAUUAACCAACCGCUCGGAGCUGAUAUCCACUCGCUUCACCGGAGCCACGGGGAGAGCCUUCCUCUUCAACAAGGUGGUGAACCUGCAGUACAGCGAGGUCCAGGACCGCGUGAUGCUCACCGGCCGGCACAUGGUGCGCGACGUCAGCUGCAAGAACUGCAACAGCAAACUGGGCUGGAUCUACGAGUUUGCCACGGAGGACAGCCAGCGCUACAAGGAGGGCCGCGUCAUCCUGGAGCGGGCCCUGGUCCGCGAGAGCGAGGGCUUCGAGGAGCACGUGCCGUCCGACAACUCCUGAAGCUCCCCAUCGCCUUUCUGCUCGCUUUAGUUUUCUUCACCGAAAGUAAAAUCGCGGAUGAAAAAAAAAA